AUGAGUCUAGUUAAGUUGGCCCUUGGUUUUAACAACUUCUCUGGUGCCUUGCCAUCCGGGCUUUGUGCGGGUGGCCAGCUACAACAUUUGACUGCUCCACAAAACAAUUUAGUUGGACCCUUGCCAUCAAGCUUGAUAAGUUGCACAAGCCUGGUUAGGGUUCGACUUGAACAAAAUAACCUUGAAGGAGACAUCACGAAGAUGGGAGCUUAUCCAAAUCUUGUCUAUAUUGACAUCAGUUCAAAUAGAUUAUUUGGUAAAUUAUCUCAUCGUUGGGGUGAGUGUUGCAAUCUUACCGUGCUACGUGCAUCAAACAACAAUAUAACUGGGGCAAUACCAUCAAGCAUAGGGAAAUUGUCUCAGUUGGGGGUACUUGAUGUUUCAUCAAACAAGCUUGAAGGGUAUAUUCCACCAGAAGUCGGCAAUAUAACGAUGUUGUUUAAUGUGAGUCUUUCUGGUAACCUUCUCGAGGGUAAUAUGCCACAAGAGGUUGGAUCACUAAAUAAUCUAGAGUAUCUGGAUUUAUCAUCAAACAACCUAACUGGCCAGAUACCACAACCUCUGGAGCAUUGUUUGAAGCUUCACUUUCUAAAGUUAAGCCAUAAACGGCUCAAUGGCACCAUUCCCGUGGAAUUAGGGAUGCUGGUAAACCUAAAAGAUUUGCUGGAUCUAAGUGACAAUUUGAUUGAUGGCGCUAUUCCAAGCCUGUUAGGUGGUCUUAGUAUGCUUGAAGCCUUGAAUCUUUCUCACAAUGCACUGAAUGGCAGCAUUCCACAAUCAUUUCUGGCCAUGACUGGUCUCCAAUCCAUGGAUGUUUCAUACAACAAAUUAGAAGGUUCAGUGCCGCAAACUAGAUUCUAUGAAGAAGCUCCAAUCAAAUGGUUCUGGCAUAAUGAAAAGUUGUGUGGUGUUGUCAAAGGUUUGACCCCUUGUGAUCUUCCUCAAGGUAGGGGACAACAAACGAAGCAUGGAGCUAUUUUGCUAGCUAUAAUAUCCGCUAUAGUAUUUGCUGUGAUUGUCACGGCACUAGUAACAUGGCAGUGCAAAAAGAAUAAAUGCAAGGCAGAAACUGCAAAUGAAGUACAACAAACCAAGAUGUUUGCCAUCUGGAACUUUGAUGGGGAAGAUGUGUACAAGAAAAUUGUUGAUGCCACAAAUAAUUUCAGCGACACUCAUUGCAUUGGAACUGGAGGGACAGGAUCUGUCUAUAGAGCUCAGUUACCAACAGGUGAAUUGUUUGCAAUAAAGAAGAUCCAUAUGAUGGAAGAUGAUGAUCAAUUUAACCGUGAAAUAUAUGCGUUGAUGCAUAUUCGACAUCGCAACAUUGUAAAGUUAUUUGGUUACUGCUCCGCUGCUCAGCGAAGAUUUCUUGUGUAUGAAUACAUGGAUAGAGGAAGCUUAGCAACAUCCUUGAAUGAUAAGGAAAGUGUAGUUGAAUUGGAUUGGACGAGGAGGUUAAAUAUUGUUCGGGAUGUUGCUCAUGCCUUGUCUUACAUACAUCACGAUUGCUUCCCGCCGAUUGUCCACAGAGAUAUAACAAGCAACAACAUUUUGCUUGAUACAGAGUUUAAAGCCUGCAUCUCGGAUUUUGGUACAUCGAAGAUACUAGAUGUGGAUGCAUCGAACUGCACAAGACUUGCCGGGACAAAAGGAUAUCUUGCCCCAGAGCUUGCAUACACAACAAGGGUGACAGAGAAGUGUGACGUUUAUAGCUUUGGAGUGUUGGUUCUAGAGUUGUUCAUGGGACAUCAUCCAGGUGAUUUCCUUUCAUCCAUGGAUAACAACAACAGGGGUACACUACUUGAGAACUUGCUGGACACCCGGCUCCCGCACCCUGAAGCCAAGAUCGGGAGUGAAAUAUUCCAGGUAGCCAUCGUCGCUGUUCGGUGCAUAAACCCUGAUCCAGCACACCGUCCAACAAUGCAGCAAGUACUCAAGAAAUUCUCAACAUAUGAACAAACAUGUUCUAAUGAUCUUGAUUAUCUCCAUACAGCGAUUGUCAUCCCUGCCUGCUGGUCAUAA